UUAGUGACUUUCACGUUUUUCACAGUGUUAAAGGACUAAAUGGGGCUUAUUUACAAAUGCCUGUCAAAAGAAGAGAGGAUGUUGCUGCAAAUCUAGUUGUUUACCUCAAGCAGUCUGUGCAGCAGAUCAGUCAGCCUGCCUGCAAGCAGGGUGUCCAAAAUGACACUGACUGGCUGGUUCUGAACCUUGGUCAGUUUUUCACCUAUGUGCCUCAUUCUGACGUGGCCGAAUUCAACAUAUCUAGGGAAGUAAUGUUUGGCUCUCUAACUGGUGAACAGAAGGUGGAGCGAAUCUUGACACCAGGUCUGGUGGAGGAUGAGUCUGCUGUUAGAGAAUUGUUUGGAUCUGUUGUGAAGUCUUCCGACCAGAACCAGUUGGAUGCAUUUUUUGAGAAACUCAUCAGCAUGUCUGCAGAGAGAAACCUGUCAAGCAUCAGCACUGCUGUGAGCAGCAUCAUUCUGAACAUGACAUUGAUGGACCUGGCAAACAGAUUUGAAACCUUCGAGCCGCAGAUGUUUGCUUUAUGGUUCCAGACGUACCUGCUCGUUUUCCUCCCUGGCAUUGGUCCAGAUAGUCUUUCUGUCAUCCCCAGGACCAUUGGCUGCGAUUCUUACAGAGAAAUCGUGAAAGGCUGUGAUAAUGUUUUCAGCAGUCUCACACCGAUUCAGAUUGAGUACGUCUACAGUUUCACACAGGACUAUCUCUCCCAUCAGCCCAGCCAAGGAAACUCCUGCGUGCAGAGUACUAACAGUGACUCUGACUGGCUGCUGAAAAACUUCGGACAGUUCCGCAUCAUCGCCAACUUCACUGACUUUAUCAACCUGAAAAGAGACUUUAAUGGGGUCGAGGCUGCAGAGUUUCUGACUCUGUCCCAGCUGGCUGAGCUUUGCUCCGAGCCGUCACGUCUCAGUGGACCAGCGGAUGUUCAGACUGUGAUGAAUGCAGUUCAAACGCAGCAGCUUUCAGAGUUUUUUGAUGUUCUUUCUCCAAACAUCCAAGUGAAUGAACAGGGCUACUCUGCGGAGGUGAAGCGGGUCUUCCUGCAGGCGGUGUUUGUGCGAGGCGAUCUGUCGUCUGCUUCAGUCAGUGAUUCAGAGCUGUCAGUCUGGCUCACGGUUCGACUCAGGCCGCUGCUGUCUGCCUUGAGCUCAGCAGACGUUCCGGUGUAUUUUGGCAUGGUCAGGGCUCGAGGCUGCAGCGUCAAACAGGAGGCUGUCAGUGUGCUGGACUCUCAAAGAACUGCUCUGGAUGAAAACACACAACGUCAGAUCUAUAACAACAUCCAACAGCUACUCACAGACGCUCCUCUUCGCUGUUAUGUCAGUGGCAGUUUCUUCCUCUUCCUCAAGUCUUUCUUCCUCCAGUUUGGAUUUCCAGACCUCAGCACCUUCCAGUCUCUGAUCCCUGUGGACAGGAGGCCCGAGCUGCUGGGCUCCAUCUCUACGGCCGAGCUGAGCGAGUUUCUGAACGCACCCCAAACCCUGGGAAACGGGUCAGGACUCUGCGAUCUGCUCAGCCAGUACAGCCAGACCGCACGCUAUCUGGAGACGGAGCCGCUGGGGUCUGUGGCUUUGGCCCGGCAGGUGUUGGCCUGCGUCUGGCCUGGAGUUCUGAAGCUGGAGAUCCGGUCUGAGGUGGAUCAGUGGUUUGACCGUCGGCUCGUGAGAUACCUGCCUCUGCUCAGCUCCGCGCUCAUCAGCCCUGCACAGCUCCGCGGCGCCGCCUGUCUGCCUUAUAGGAAACUUGUUUCAGUUCUCGGAAACAAUUACAACUUCUCCAGAACUGACUUCACCCCAGAGGAUGUUUACAGCUCCGUGAAGGUGUAUCUCACAAAUGGUGGCUCACCGCGCUGCUACAACGCCUCCGAUCCUCAGCUCAACUCCACAAACUGGCUUGUGAGCUACAUUGGUGUCUUCAUCAGAUACGUCAAUCUGUCUGAUCUCGACUCCUUCGUGUCACCUGACCAGAUCGGUGUCUUCUUGGAAAACCCGGAGAACCUUCAGCUGCUCAACAGCACAGUGACAAUCCAGUCCAGUAUAGUCAGCUACUACACAACACAGCUGUACAGUCGGAACCCGUCCUUCAACCCCAUCAGUCUCCCAGGCCAGUUCCUGUGUGGAAUCCCUUCAUUUGCAUUCGAGACUCUCGGAGCAGCAGACAGUUUGGUGCUCAUCCAGCGGAUCAACGUGUUCUGUAAUGGAACCGAGAGCCCUGAGAUCACGUCUGCUCUCACUGCCAAUCUCCCUUCGCUCUCCUCCUCCACCAUCCAGCUGCUGGGCAGUCAGAGCGUGGGCCUGACGGAGGCUCAGAUAAGCUCCGCCUCCUCUGAUGUCAUCAAGGGUGCGCUCUCGACCCUCAGCGCCGUCGAUGGCUGGAAUCAGGGCCAAGCCAACGCAGUCAUACAGGCUCUCAUCAAGUCUGACUUUCCAAUCAACACCGGCUCCUCGCUGCUGUCUCUCGGGACGCUCAUCAAGGGCGUUCCGGCGGAAACCAUCUCCAGCAUUGAACCUUCUGAGCUCCUGGCCAUAUCCCAAAAUCCCACAUUCAUCAGCAACAUCCUCUCAGCGCCAGAAAUCCUGCAGCUGGUUUAUGUCAUGAAGAUCGCGUCUGUAGAUGAAACUAAAGUCAUCGAGAACGUUCCGGACGCGUUGGCUGGCUCGAUCCCGCGCAUUUUGUUGAUCCCUCAGGAGUCUGUGAACGUCACCCUGAUCAACCAGAAGCAGUGGACACAGGAGCAGGCCGUGAUGCUGUUCAGCUCCGUGGCGAGUGCCAGUAAGGACACUGAGGAGCUGUCUGAGGAGCUGCUGCAGGGUUUCACCUGCACGUCUGUCCGGUCGCUCGCCGAGACGAAGGUCAAGCAGCUGGUCAAAGCCUGCAGACGACGGCCGGGACGGCAGAAGGUCCAGCUGAAGGAGAGUCAGCUGAUGUGCAUGUACAACUACAUGAAAGAGGAGACUUCAACAAGCUUCACAGAUUUACCUUCUGACGUGCUGCUUUACUACAGCUAUGAGAAGGUGGAGAAGGUGAACUGCCGCUCGUAUUUCAGCGCCGUGGGCACGGCAGAUUACUCCAUUCUCUCCAGCGUCCUUGACAAACAGAAGACUCUGUUCAACAACGCACGAAACUGUCUGGGUAUUUCGGGUCAGAGGCUAAGCAGAGAUCACGUGGGGGUUCUGGGUAACCUGACCUGCACCCUCGACCCUGUCUACAUCCAAAACUCUGAUCCAGCCAUCAUUGAGAGCCUGAAGAACUGCCACGAUCUCUCCGACGCUCAGAUCAGCGCUGUGCAAACACUGCUGCUCUCAGGAGGAACUGUCUAUGGGAGCUCUUCUGGUUGGGAUCAGCAGAUACUGGAGCGCCUCGACACCCUGCCGCUGUACUUCACUGAAGACUUCUGGAGCCGCUUCAGCGCGCCUGUGAAGAGGAAGUACAUGAAGGCGUUCAUGCCGUUUCUGAGGACGAGAAACACAGAGAAGCCGAAACUAAAGAAACUCUUUAAAAACUGCAACGCUGCGUUAGACGCUCGAAGCAGAAUCGGGCGCUCUGCAGACUGCACCGCGGGAAACAUCACGGAAGCCACGAUCGCAGACGGCUCGUUCCCCUUCGGCUACACCGCGGCCCAGUUCGACGCCUGUCUGACCGCCAGGGUCCUCGACGGUAACCUGGCCGCCGUCACGGAGAAGGUGGAUGACAACAACUUCCAGAGAAUCAUUCUGAACAAGCUGAAGCAGGUGUAUCCGGCCGGACUCUCCGACAGCACGCUGCAGCUGCUCGCCUCUGUCUCACGGCAAGCCACGCUCGACGAGAUCAGGACAUGGAGCGUCACCAGGAUCGACACGCUGUCCGCGCUGAUGAGCAGAAACAACGGAGAAUGGGACAAAGACAAGAGUAAGGAGGUGAUCCUCAGGUAUCUGAGUGUGGCUGAUCACACUUUAGACACUAAUGAGCUGAACAUCAUCGGCUCGAACAUCUGCGCACUGAACAUCUCAACACUUCAGAGCAUCACAGCAAGAGCCCUGAGCAAUGCAGAAGGUCUGGAUCUGUCCUCUUGUUCAUAUGAGCAGAAAUCAGUUAUGUACAGCACUGCCAACUCCUCGUUCAGAGCUCAACGCAGCAAUGGCCCUAUUUACUUCCACCUCAUCGGCCCCUACCUCGGUGGCGCUCCGGUUGAGGACGUGAGGGCUUUGGCCUCUUCUAACAUCACUCUGGACAUCAGCACCUUCAGGAGCCUCAGCAUACCUGUUGCCACGGGGCUGAGCGUGUCUGACGUACGAGCUCUCAUGGGUUCGGAUGUGGCCGAGCUGAAGGUGUUUGAGGAAGACUCUGUGGUCCAGGCCUGGAUCUCCUCACAGCUGCAGUCUCAGUUAGACACGCUGAACGUGGGUCUGCUUGGAGGCCGAGCCGAUCCGAGCACAUCUGCACCCGUCACUGUCCAAAACAACAACAGCAGCACGGCUAACAGCAGCGGCAGCGGCACGCACUCAACGGCUCCCAGCCAAUCAGCUGCAGCCACUGUCACCGCACAGGGAUCUGCAUCAGCUCUUCGUCUCGGUCCAGGCCUCUGGCUCCUCGUGUCCUGCGUCUGGCUUCUGAUCUUCACAUGAUACAUAAUACAACAUCUGUAAUCAAAAAUCUAUGAAAUCAUCAUCAGAAAUCUGUUAAAUCAACACAAGUGCUCCAUUAGAUCAAUAUCACUAUAUCAAUAAUGUAAUAUCAGAAAUGAAUGAGAGCAAUAUUCUAUUAAUAUCAGUACUUACUAAUAGUUGAUUUUUGUGUCUCUCUUGUCUUUAUAAUCAUAUUUGCUCUGAAGUUAUUUUUAAUUGAAUUUGAUAAAAAAAACAAUCUGUGAACUUAUUUAAAACAUUUCUAGUCUAAUAAGAAUAUUUAUGCAUUAUCUGACAAAAAUGAAGGAAAUUACAAUUUUGUUAAAUUAAUGUGAUAGAAUAUCAAAUUAUUUUCUGCCUUGAUAGUAAAAUAUAAUUUUCACAUUCACUGUUACUGUAAAAUUGUUAUUUUUUGUCUUCAAUAAAAUUAACAUGCAUCUUA